ACGGAGUACAUAUAACAGAAUCAAGCAGUGCUACUGAGGAAAUUCAUCCGCCAUGUUUCUGACAGAUGUGAUCAGCUUUCUCCCGGGCUGGCUUCUGUACCUGAUUCUGUUUGGAAUUGCCCUUUAUUUGUACGGAAUAUGGCCAUACUUCACAAACACGGUUACAUUACCAGGACCGAAGCCAACAGCUUUUGUGGGCAAUCUUGCCGACUUGGCCAAAAAGGGACCUGUGGAAACGGAUGUGGAAUACGUGAAGAAAUACGGGCCUGUUCAUCUAACCUGGAUGGGCCGAGCUCCUUUCAUGCACAUCGCCGAUCCGGAAAUGGUCAAACAAAUUUGCAUCAAAGAUUUCUCAAAUUUCGUCAACAGACCUAAUGCCGUCCCUCUCUCAAAAGACCAGAAGCUUUUUAUCUCCAUCAUCGAGGAUGACCACUGGAAGUUUGUCCGCAGCGUCCUGUCGCCGGCUUUUAGCUCCGGCAAAAUGAAAGGGAUGGUGCCCUUGAUCCAGAACUGCAUAAACCGUCUGCAUGACGUCCUGUCCGCCAAGGCGAAGUCAGGCGAGAGCUUCAACAUUCAACCGAUUUUGGAAGCCCUAUCCCUUGAAGUGAUCAGUGCCACAGCAUUCGCCAUUGACGUGGACGCCCAGAACAAGAGAGACGAACUUUUCCUCACAAAGGCAAAGAAAAUAUUUGAUCGCAAUGUGUUUGCGGUGGCACCAUUGUUUAUUGGGAUGCUUUUUCCGUUCACGAUACCUUUCUUUGAGGCUAUCGACUGGACCAUCUCUGUCAAGGACUCCUCUAAAUAUUUGCAGGAAGUUUUGGCAAACUCCAUCAAGGAGAAAAAGGCAAAUGCGUCGGGUCGCAAGGACUUGCUUCAGAUCAUGAUAGACAAUAGCGUGGACAACCUCAAAAGAGGCACAGGAAGAAGGCGACGUAAACAUGGACGCGCUGAAAUAGAAGACCUGAAAAGAAGUAAAAAGCUGACAGAUCUGGCUGGGUACAAGACCACUUCCUCUCUCAUGUCCUUCCUGUCUUACAACCUAGCUGUGUACAGUGAAUGUCAGGAGAAACUCAUUCAGGAGAUCGACGAUACUUUGAAAGGGGAAACUCCAACCUAUGCUACUGUAAUGAAUAUGCCCUACUUGGAUAUGUGUGUGCAGGAAACCCAGCGAUUGUAUCCCGCCAUAACCGGGCUUCACCGAGUGGCCAAAUCUUCCACAAUCAUUAACGGUCAUUACAUCCCUAAAGGCAUGACAGUGAAGCUGCUCGGGUACAUCUUACAGCGAGACCCCCAGUACUGGCCCGACCCAGAGACAUUUAAUCCUGAGCGAUUUACGCCAGAAGAGAAGGCCAAGAGGAACCCUUACGUGUACUUCCCGUUUGGCCUGGGGCCCAGGAACUGUGUUGGCAUGAGGCUGGCUCUGCUAGAGACCAAACUCUCUAUCGUCUCAAUUCUACAAAAAUUCCGUCUGGUCCGUUGUCCAGAAACACAGGUCCCCAUCAAAUUCAGAGCCGUGGAUCACUUAGAGGCUGAAAACGGAAUCUGGGUCAAGGUGGAAACACGUGACCAUUAACAUCCGGGCAUCCAGCGUUCGUCGCUGAAGGAAACCAUAAUAACCGAAUGUGUAUAUAUUUUUUUUAAAAAGGUCAAAUGAGUAACAAACCAUGUUCACUAAGACAUUGAAGAAUCAUAACAUGAAUCAUAUAAGAUGAAUCAUUUACCUAUCAAGGUUGUGGUAGACAUGUAUGUUAUCCAGUUCAUAUAUUCACCCGAACGAAUUUCCUGUAACCUCAGUUUUCACCUGUACGUGUACCAGUAGCCUAGACUUAAUAUACGAUUAUAGAUCCUUGGUGACAGCAAUACAGACUUUCGUGAACCCGUGACAAAUAAAUGUUGACCAAGAACAAAGACUGUGUUGAAGGAAAGUUAUGGAUCGAAAGACGCAGAAUGUAUGAUGUCAUUUUGUGACGUAUUUGAAGAUUUAACCACGCGAAGAUUUCACAUUCGUCAGUCGUGUCUCUGACUUGGCGCUUAGUGGAUAUAGUGUCAUAUUUGGUGUCUUCUGAUUUUACCUGCAUGUCAAUAUAUUAUUUUAGAUUCGUUUGUGUGUUGUCAGAUUAAUUGUUUGAUUAAUCUAACUGGUAAUCUCACUCGAUAAUAUUUCACUUAUACGACUGCGGCCGGCAUUAUGGUAGGAAGAAACUGUGCAGAGUAUGGAGCAACGUUGCUACAUUAAAUGUAAUGUUUCGCUCGGGCUCAAAAGAUAUGGUCAAUCAGCAUAUUCUACCUACACACGCCGGCUCCAAAAUGUGUAAAAACACACCAUUUUCCGUUGGUACGCUGCUGUGCUUUGGGUCCACCUCUUCUCUUUACGAUUUCAGAGAAUAACAAAAAGAGUACAUCAUUUGGGCCUAUAUACUAGUAUGUGUUUUAGACCGACGAUGGUGAUAGUUCGCUGUUUGAAGUAUAAUUUACACCUUUUUUUGGUUGUACUCUUUAGAGUUGUACUUAAAACUGUUACUAAGAUGCAAGGACAAUCAAAUCCGUUCUAGGGACAUCAUCAGACAUGAAUACAUACAUGCAGUGUUUAUGCUAAGGGAAGUCGUUUUGAACAAUUUGUAUUGCUGUGUUUGUGACAUUUAUACUAAUAGCUCGUCACUGUAUACCAGGCACAGUUUGUGAUCAUUACAUAUCAAACCGCUUUCAUUUAGUGAUUAAGUGAAAUAUUAUAAGUGAUUUUUAUGUCAUCGUCGCAUCGUUAUCAUGCGGACUUAAUUUAAUUUUAAUUUCGAGUACUUUAUUCUCUCCAAUAUUUCAGAAACAAGAUAUUCGUUAUGAUUUCGUGCGUAUUUAUUAUGCAUGCCAUAGCGCUGCUGGCGUUCUGAGUUUGUUAUAAGGCCAAAAAAGUGAUAUGUGUCCAUUUAUUUUGGAAUAUGUAGACCUAUCUCACUGGUUCUAUUUAGAUU